AAAGCAUCUCGGGUAGGCCUCAGUGCGCAGACUCGCUGCAUCCUUCGACGCUCGUCUGCGCUCGAGCAUCACUCGGUCAAGAAGAGAAGAGACGACGCCCGAUCCGAACAGGACCGGACCGUACCGGACCAAGCCCAACCAGAGCGCCCGGCGUCGUGUGGAGCUUUUGGGGGACUGGCUCGAGAGUGCGGAUGUGAAGGAAAGCGAGCCUUCCUGGCCUUCCUCUUUCCUUCCUUCCUUCCUUCCUUUUUCUCUUCCCGUCACGAAAUGGCGGACAUGACAGAGCUGCGAGCCUCCUACGCCAUGUCGCCGGUGCUGGCGGGCUUCCUGGGCGCGGGCGUUCUGGUGGCGGUGGUGAUCGCGCUGCUUCUGCUCUGGUCCUUCUGCCAGCGCCGCUACCUGCGCGCGUCCGGACGCUACAAGCUGCACAGCGACCGCUACUGCGACGCCGAGGACCCCCCCUACAAGUUCAUCCACAUGCUGAAGGGGAUCAGCAUUUACCCGGAAUCGCUCAGCGGCAGCAAGAGGAUCGUGCGCGGCGGCAGGCGGGCCGAGCGGGACGGCGAGCGAGGCCGCGCAGGCGCGGCGGGGGGCGCGGUGCCGGCGGACGCCUCGAACAACGUCCUGGACGUCCGGGGUCAGCUUCAGAUGAGCCGGUUGGCGGCGCCCGGCGGAUCGGCCCGCGCCGGGUCCGGCCCCGCCCGCCUGGAGCGCGCGCUGCCCGUGCACGCCGACUACUUCCGCCAGGACGGCGGCUCGACCGGUGGCAGUCAGAGUGGCAGCGAGACGGCGUCGCCCUUCACGCCCGCCUCCUCGGAAGCGGAACCCGAAGCCGGUCUGGGCGCCGUCAGCCUCACCGUGGACUACAACUUCCCCAAGAAGGCGCUGGUGGUCACCGUGGUGGGCGCCCGGGGCCUGCCCGCUAUGGACGAGCAGGCCGGCACCUCGGACCCGUACGUCAAGAUGACCAUCCUGCCCGAGAAGAAGCAUCGCGUCAAGACCCGCGUGCUGAGGAAGACCCUGGACCCGCUCUUCGACGAGACCUUUACCUUCUACGGCGUGGCCUACAGCUCGCUGCCCGAUCUCACGCUGCACUUCCUGGUGCUCAGCUGCGACCGCUUCGCUCGCGACGACGUCAUCGGCGAGGCCGUGGUGCCGCUCGAGGGCGUGGACCCCAGCACGGGCCGGGUCCACCUGACCCGGCGCAUCACCAAGCGGAACAUGCAGUGCGAGAGUCGCGGCGAGUUGCUGGCGUCGCUGUCCUACCAGCCGGUGUCUCAUCGCCUGAGCGUGGUGGUCCUCAAGGCGCGACACCUCCCCAAGAUGGACAUCGCCGGACUGUCGGCCAACCCGUACGUGAAGGUCAACGUGUUCUACGGCCGCAAGCGCAUCGCCAAGAAGAAGACCCACGUGAAGAAGUGCACGCUGAACCCCGUCUUCAACGAGUCCUUCAUCUACGACAUCCCGCCCGAGCUGCUGCCCGAGAUCUCCGUGGAGUUCCUGGUGGUGGACUUCGACCGCACCGCCAAGAACGAAGUCCUGGGCCGCCUGCUGCUGGGCCUGCACGGCGCCGCGCCCUCCGGCGCCGCCCACUGGCGGGAGGUCUGCGAGAACCCCCGCCGGCAGAUCUCCAAGUGGCACAACCUCAGCGAGUUCUGAGUGCCGCGCAAAAGACGGACCGCUGUACAGAGCCCAGUGUGCGGCGUGCGCACGCACACACACACACACACGCACACACGCGCACACACACUUGUGAUCCUACUCCUAAACACUCCACACACUCAACAAAAUGCGCUUGUGCUCAGGAAGGUGUGUGUGUGCGCGUGUGUUGAAGAAGAAGAAAAGCAAGUCAGUGUUGUCCUCAUGCAGUCGAUUGCAUGUCUUCAUGAAGAGAAGAACAACAUCCGCCCCCCACAAGCCCCCCCCACCACAGUCCUGACAAUUCCCAUCACGCUUUGCUGACGCCUGUGGUGAGCGUCGUUUUCCGAGCCCUUUGAGCAUUUAUCCGGAUCCAGCUUAAGGGUCACGUACUAGUACACCCUUUGUCCUCACUAGUAAGACAGAGACUCUACAACUAAUCGAUCGUCAAAUGAACCAACAGCUAUUUUGACGAUCGAUGAAUCGUUGACAGACCUUAACUUAAACUGCUGAGAGGCUGCAGCAGGAAAUAGCCUCCGAUUUCUGCACCGUCUUUUUUGUGUUUUUUCAAAAUACGAUAACAUCUGCUUUUACUUUGGAAAACAGUGAUCAACAUUUUUGCUGAUUUUCUGACAUCUUACAGAGCGCAGCAGUCAAAUUCAUGCAAAACUAAAUGUGAUCUAAAUCUGGUUUUUUCUUCUUUUUUUUUUUGCUGCCAUCACUGUGAAUAAUGUAGUUCGUAUUCGUACUAGUAGCCAAGAAGUCGCUCUCAGUUUCCAAAAGGUUACAAGGUCAAAAAACUCUAUUGUUUUAUUAUACGAUAAGAUCAGAUAAACAACAAUAAUCGGUUUAUGAACAGUAAUAAAAAAACAAACAACUUGAAUGCAAAAUAAAUGUUGAUCUGAUCAAUCGAUGGAGUAAUCGAGUGUAAAAAUAUUGGCUUGCCGCAGCCGUGUUUCCUCUCGUUGCAGUCGCACAACGUGGCGCCCGUUUCCUUACGAGUGAGGUCAAAGAGCGCGCUAGUACGCGGACAUGGAACUGGAUUUCCGGAUAAAUGCUGCAAGGGCUUUCGCGAGUGUCGGGUCUCUGGCGCGCAGGUAACAACGACGUGUAAAUAAAUUCCUGCGUGUGCUUGUUUGUAGCAUGAAUGACUUCCUCUCCGCUUUCUUUGGUCGCUUGUGUCGCAGCAAAGUUCGUCCGGGGCGCUCGGGGUCGCGAACCGCGAUGCUAGUCGCCAGGCUAAGCUAACAUCGCACGCGAACCCGCUCGUGAGCUCAAGGACAACUGGGGCGCCACCCGCAGGCGCAUGACGUGACAUGACGUGACUCCAAAGCUCAUUAGACGCCCCUGUUCAUAUUGCGAUGAUGCUGUUGCUGAUGAUGAUGUCAUGACCGUGCGUGUGAUGUAAUGGCGUUGUUGAUUCACUUCCGUGCUGACGAGCGGCGACGAGUCUCGGCUCGUGUGGGGAAUCAUUCCCUCGCCGCGACAUCUUCACCGCUGUUGCGAUGUGUAGUGAGUGUACCGGAUACAAAAUCCCGCGUAGUGAUGAGGGAGUAGGGAAUGAGUGAAUGAUUGCAAACACACCAUCGAGAGAUUUUGAAAGAGUGAAUUGACGCUAGGGCUGAAACGACGAAUCAAAUACGCUCUAAUCACUAUAGAGGGAUUUUUACAUAAUGAAUCGAGGCUCGAUAAGACUAACUGAGUUCAGUGGACCCCGCGUACUCUUGGCAAACAUACUUGGCACAGAAAAGAUGAUUCUGAUCCUGGUAAGGAUUUUUCCAUAGUGGACGCUAGGGUUGUAACACUUAAUCGAAUACUGGAUUUUGACCGGAAUACUCACUAUGUCGGGAUUUGGAGUGGACUUCGUAGUCACCUGUAUAGUGCGCUAUAUAAAAAUCCUCAUAUAGCGGUUCAGGAGUAUUCCAUGAAUCGUUUCCACCCUCGAGUCAAUUCGAUAUAUAUCCUGUUGUAGUGAUUUGGGAUUGGGAAAUGAGUGAGCGACUCCCAACAUCAUUUGCUCCAUUUGCUAGUGCGGCUCCAACGACCGGAGACAAAUUCCUUGUGUGUCUUUGGGACAUACUUGGCAAAUAAAGACCAUUCUGAUUCCGAUUCUGAUGAACAUUGUGCCAGCCGGUGGCGCUGUUCCCCUCUCGAAAAGCACACCGCGGCGUCUGUCCGCGCUCCCGCAAACAUGACAUCAUCAGUCAUGUGACUCGUGUUGAUGGGCCUUUAAGCUCCUCCCCUUCCACGUGAGACGUGAACAUAGAGACUCGACGUGUCGAUUUUGUAUCGAAGUUCUUCGAAACGCCUGAUGGCCUGAAAGCUUUCCGUGCGUUGGAGCGCCCCCUGCUGUACACCCGAAUGACGCUAACCUCCCCAUUGACGUGCAAAUAAAACAAGUUAGCCUGA